AAUAUGGAUAUACCACGUAUGUCAAAGAAAGAAAAAUUCUACAUGUGGUAGAGAAAUUCGUUUAUAACAUAGAAAAAACUUCGAAAAACUCUCGAGAAAAAAAUAGUGUGUGGAAUGUAGGUCACAUAUGUGUGUUCAACACUAUUCUCCAGUAGAAAUUGAACCCACCUGACCCUCCAUUAUCCGUUAUCAGUAGCUAACAAACUGGACAAAUCACUCCCAGUCAACUUGACCCUGUUCGAACAUAUUUGAGCGGGUUUUGCGUGUUAUGGUAGGUCUGUUUUAAAAGAGAGCUGACUUUUUUAAUGUGCCAUUUGGUUUUAUGUAGUUUGUUUUUGUUUUUACAUUUUAACACCUGGCGGAUAGAUUUACACAUUCCAAUGGGCCUAAAUUGGCAUUUUAACAUCAAAAAGUGUAGCUGUUAUAUUUGAAGUCUUAAAGAAUAGACAUAAAUGCAUAAGUUGCUAUCUGUAUGUAAUAAUAAAUCCAUGUACGUUCCUGAGGUAUAAAACCAUGACACGAACAAAUUCCAUUGAAAGGAAUAGAUUAGUGAAAUGAAAUGUUAUGAAAACGCAUUGAUAAAGUCAUGCCACUACAAACGUACAUCAAAUACUUAUUAUGUCAUCAAACAGGAAACCGCUGUUGGAAUAAAAGAGCGGCAGUGACACAGUCAGAGAGGAAGGUCAUAGUAAGAGUGAGUGGGGGUAGAGUAUAGUGAGUAUGACAGUCUGCUGAAAGACGGCAAAGAGUGAGCUUAUACUACGUAUAUAGAUCGGUAGAGGUAGGUCAGUGACACGCAUAUGUCCUGUGUGUACGUGUUCCCACUCUAUACAGUAGUUACGAGUGAUUUUCUAUUGAUUGAACCUACUUUUGAAUAGUAAUAUUCUUAUUCCGUUUGACAUUCUCUUUCAGUGUUAUAGUGAUUUAGUUUUUUUUUAAAUUUUUUUGGUACGGAGUAGAUUUUAAUAACACAUUACAAAGACGAGAGACAAUUCGAGGAUCCUCCUUUGAAAUGGUACUGCUUGCAAUACUCAUCUUUUUGUUCAAUAUUCAAGGAUACUUCUGCAUUUUUGAUGUUAAUGUGAGUGCGCAGCCACCUGUACUAAAAGUUGGGGAAAACAUUACUAUUGGCUGCUCGUAUACCUUGGAUAAUGAAACGCUUCUAAACGUCAAAUACCUACAUAAUGACAGGGAACUUUAUAGGUAUACUCCCAGUGAUGAAGUUCCUAUUCAUGUUAUUGCCUUUUUAAAAGUGGAAACGCACAUUAUAAACGACGGUGGAAUUUUGGUACUUAAAGGCGUGAAUACUGACUCAACUGGUGUCAUAAAGUGUGUGGUAUCCACAGAAGCUGGGAUCGUAUCCACGUCAUCGGUCCUGUCCGAUUCAACCUUUGUUACCGUUGUUGAAGAACCACAGGACGGUCCAAAUAUCACUCUGGAAAGUCAGAAAUUCCACACUGGAAAGAAAGUAAAAGCUAAAUGCACUUCAAGAGGAGGCACCCCAUUGGCUAAUCUAACCUGGUACGUCGAUGGCGAUGAGGUGGAGUACAACGAGAUAAGCAGAAUCAAUCAGUACACAGAGAAGGGUGACGUAAACAUUUCUGUGAGCGAACUGACACUGCCAGUAGUACCUGGAACAUACAAUGGCACCAUACAUCUGCGGUGUGAUGCUACUCAGUACACGGUGUAUAACGCUUCGACAGAAAUAAUUUUGGAGGAAGAAGCCAGUUCUUCUUCUAGCAGACUACAGUUUCCUUUCUCAGGUCGUAUAGGAGGUGGUGUAGUCGUGGCGGUGGGAAUGUCUGUCAUCCAUCACUCACUUCAAAGAUUCCUGUCAUAAACUCUACACUCACCUAACCUUCUUCUGGAAGUGAUGGCUGUGAAUAAAUAAAUUUUAUUUACUCAUUACCAAUAUUCCGCUUUUCAUGCAAGCUAAUGCAAUUUCCCACAAUCAUCCGUAAAUUGUGAAUAUGGCAGUAUAAAAUGAAGUGAUGUUAAUUUUUGCACAUGUGAUUACAUACUUAUAGUUUCAAAUUACAUAUUAGUAUGCUUAUCAAAGUUAGAUAACUUGUUAGCUAUAUAUAAGCAUGUUGAAUUAUUCAUGUUACUGAAUAACAACAACAUAGAGAGUAUAGUUUCUGGAAGUAUAGAUUACUGUAUUUAGACGAUGUGUGUGUAGUCUGUUAUAAAAUACUGUUAUAAAUAUCACGUAUAUUAGGAAGCCUCUAUGUAAGCCUACAUGCUCUAUUACAUGUACGGUACGAGUAAUUAUAUCGCUGAAUACUGUUAUAUUGUAGUUGUACGUAGUAUCAAUGCUGCAGACGAAAUAAAUAAUAAAUUAAUAA